AUGACUCAACAUGCGAUAGUGGGUAUGACUACAGAGGCUCAUGUCGGCGAACCACUUGACCAGUUUUCGGAAGUUGGUCGCGCAGCAUCGAGAACCAAGAGCGGAACUGGUUUGUUUAUAGAACCAAUCGAUCACGGGAAGCUUGAUGGGAAAAAACAGAUUGUCGAUAAUAAUCACGAGCAUGGAAAUAUUCCCGAGGGGUUGGAGGCAAGGAAAGUUGAGAUGCAAUGGAUGGUGAAGGAACGUAAUCAACUUUGGGAUUGGAUUGAUUAUCUCUCACCGCCAGAAUCCUCAAGAAAACUCUCUGGAAUGAAAAAGGAAUUAGCACAGCUCCAUCGUGCUCUUGUAAGGCCCACUCAUGAGAGAGUGUACAAGAUGGGUGGACAUGAGCUUUCCGAGGAAUUCCUCGCGACCAAACCAUGGGACUCCCAGCCAGCCGCCAGCAGGGCCAACAAGAUCCGUGAAGAGGAUAAAAAAAGCUAUCUUCAAUCGACCCGGGAUCAUCUGCAAUUUGUGAAGUUGAAAGCUGGGCAGAGAUCAGCUUCAUCCCUCUCCCAGCCGCUCCUUGAGUCCCACGAAGCGUAUGUUCGAACUCCACCGAUCUCGCCCAAGAAUCACCUAUCUUCGAGCAGUCCCUGGAUGCCUACGGAAGCUGGAAAACCACAAAAAAUCCUCACAGUUUUCGAGUUCGCUCUAAAAGAAAAAGAUAUUCCAAUUGGCGACUUGCACAUUAUGGGGUUUAGAUCGGUGAACAGAGUCCUUGGUCGCACCGAAAAGAUAUUCCAGCUCAAAAUUUUGGAAACUUGCUAUCAUUUGGCCGAUCAUGUUAAGCGGUAUCGACUGUUGUCUUCCGAGUUCCUCAACGAGAUUGAACUCUUCAAGGCAAAGUCUGUCAAAGAGAUGGUCGGGCUCCAUUUGCAGCUUGUUUUACGCAGGUGGGGGGAACAGUUUUUUGACGCUCCUAACUCGAUAGUUCCGGAGCUAGAAUUUUUGACGUCCAGUCCGACGACAGCUCACUUUCACAGGUCCAUCGAGGCCCUUCCUGCUGAAGAUCAGAAGGAGAUUGUCCAAAUCGUCCUGAAUACCAUAUUGAUGCACGCGUCGGAUCACCUCCCUGCGGAGUCGAAGGAGAAGGAGAGUGAACAAUUUGAAAGAGCUCGCAAAACAUUUCUCCAGGUCAACUUGUACGAGCGAGCGCAAGGAACUCGCGCCAAAGACACAAAGCACCAUGGCGAAAACCAAAAUCGAUCAGUCGUCAAUUUGACCAGAGAUCUCAUCCAAUUAUUUCAAAAGCCCGAAAUGAGCACUACGAACGCAUACCGACGAAGAAUAGAAUUUCAACUGGUGUAUUACAUGUUAGAUUUUUUGAACAGACAUCAUCAUCGGAUCCAAAAGACAAUCGAACAGCCCGAGGGGGACUACUUGCUUCUGAAAGAUCAACUCAAAUUCAUGAGAUCUUUCCUGGGACGCUUCCGGAACAUCUACCAAGGCCAGACAACCAGCCCGAAGAACGUCAACACGUUGCGAAAACUGACAAAGAAGGCCAACUCAAGUUCUUUGGAAGAUCGCCCCUUCAGCAGUUGGAUCCAUGGUCACUAG